AUGAAUUCCUCGGUCUCGUCAAUUCUCAGGGAUCGGGACAUUCCACACAGGCGAGAUGUGAUUGACUCCGCUUUUCAAGAUCCCCGGAAUGCGGAAUGGGCCUCCACCCAUCUCCGCCCGGACACUUUGUUAUCAAAGGACGAGCUCGCGCUAUACACCAAGCUUGAAAGCUCUGGUGCUCUCCAGCCGAUCCUGCAUGAUCCAGAACUCGACGCCACGCGACCGAUCCUCGAAGAUGACCUCCGACGCGCGAUCGAGUCCCUCGAGGCUUCAACGGCAACGAUCACGAAACAAACGGAGACCUUGAAGCUUCAGUGCGAUACCCUUAAUAAACAAUUUGGCCGGGAGCAGAAUGUCGAAAUCCAACGGAUCAAGGAUAUAGCCCGGUUGCGAAAGAAGCAUGAGGCCGGCAGACAAAACACAACAAUGGCGGCCACCGAGCUGUCCAACGAGUUGGAGGGAGAUUUUAGGACCGCGACAGAUCGAUCAGGCGCGGAAAGCAAGAAGAUCCUCGCUGCUCUGUCUACCCGGUUGAAGCAGGAUGACAAGUCCCUCGCGAGUUUGGAGGCUCUGAUGUCAAGCAUCAAAGUGCGCGGGAACGAUGCGUCUACAGUAAAACGCACGGGGCAUCUGAGCACAAUGCUAUCGGAAUACGUCGCGGAGGAAAUCCACUACCGUCUCGAUCGGCUAUAUUUGGAAAGCAUACAGGCAGACAUCGGUUCAGGCUCACUGGACGGGGCCACGAGCACCGCCUUGGAAGAAGAACUAGAAUCUCUUUAUCCGGAAAUCGAACUUCUGGCGGAAAUGUCGACCAGGCAGCAGUUCCAUGAGCCGAUUCUUCGCGAGCUGCAGAACGAACACGGACAGCUGCAGGAAGCCUCGCGUGAGAAACUAGAUCAGGCACUCGACAUGCUGAUCGAAAUGACACUUUCCAAACAAGACCUUGCGAAGCAACUGGAGGUCCGAGAGUCGUCGUCAGAGUUACUAGAGCAACUCGCUAGUCUAUAUCAAUCAGAAGCAGCGGUUGAGCCGCCCCAGCCGUCAUCACGGCGGGAAUCCCUGCGCCGGCGCUCCCUCCAACCCAGGCUUCUUCUUGCCCCACGUACCCCUGUCGCGCCUCCAACGGCUCAACCCGCUGUGGACACUAUGAUGAGGCGCGUUGGCAUCGCGCCCGAAUCCAUUCGCGGGGAUAGAGGCAUUCAUGACCUCCAUGAGAAGCGCCGUGAUAUGUCCCUUGUUCUUAAUAACCUUACUAUAGCGGUGGACGCGCCUCUCCUGUCACAUUUGGAUCCGUUGGAUCACGCAUCCCAACUUCUGGGUUCUUCAUUGCAAACCAAUUCGCAGUAUGAGACAUCGUUGCGAGACCCCUCGGAGGAAAGUUUGCUCUCGGGCCUCGAGGCUGAAUUGGUAAGGCUGCAAGCCGGGGUCCAAAAACUGGAAAUGGGUGUUCUUCAUGAACGUGAUAGCAUGCAGGAUAGAUUUAUGGAGCGGUGGAGUUAG